CUCGCACCUUUCUGUGUCCCCUCAUCUUUCUAGAGGCGCGCCGACAGAGGGUUAAGACAGGUGAUGUAGCCUCUCGCCCGGGUACUCUGAAGUUUAUGAGGCAGCUGAGCAAUAGCUAGAGUGAACGCGAGUAGUCCGGGGCGGGCAUUGGAAGUGCAACUGCACAUUAGCCAGAUUAGGGAUUGUCUGUGACCACGCAUCCAGACGCGACCCCUUUCCCUUUACAGAUUAAAGAAACAGCGGCUCAAGGGCAAAGGGAUUAUAGACGUGUUUUCUCUCUGAGUUCCAUUCAACGCAAAUAAAACAGAUUGAUAUCUGUAUUUAAUACUGAACAUCUUUAUUUGGAUAUGGACCGCGCUGAGCACCACUAUAAGAUAUUACACCAGUGAAGAGCCUGUUCAACUGAAGCUACAGUAUGUCACCUGAGCCUACAGUCAGCAACACUCAGGCUUUGAGGAUCGAGUGAAGAUGCGGAGGCCGUGGCUGUGGAUAUGGCUGGGCAUUGGCGUCAGCCUCCUCUCUCCACUCUCCCUUGUCUGGGCCCAGGAUACUGAAGACUGGCAGUAUGAGGAGUGUAAGCUGUCCCGGGCGGGGCCCCCAGCCACCAUCGUCACCAUCGAUGAGGAGAGUCCAAACGGCACAGUGCUUGUAGAGAACAUGCAGAUUAACGGGCGUGCCGAGGACCCGGACAGAACCAUCUCUCUGACCCUACUGGACAAUUACGACCACUGGGUCAUACUGGACUCGUGCCGACAGCGGCUCUUCCUCAACAGCACAGGCAGAGUCCUGGACCGAGAUCCUCCCUCCUCGAUCACUACCAUCGUAGUUCAGGUGCAGUGCACUAACGAGCUGGUUGGCACGGUGAUUCUGCACGAGGUGAGGAUAGUGGUGAGGGACCGCAACGACAACACACCGCAGUUCAGACAGCCCCACUACUAUGUCGCCAUCAAUGAGCUCACCCCGGUCGGGACAACCAUCUUCACCGGAUUUUCGUGGAUCAAUGGCGCGUCGGACAUCGAUGAUGGGCCCAACGGGCAGAUUGAAUACGGCAUCCAGUACAACCCAGAUGAUCCGGUGUCCAAUCGGACAGUGCGUCUGGUGAGCACUCUCACAGGAAACCUAGUCCUGGCGGAGAGGCUGAACUAUGAGGAAAGGACACGCUAUUUGGUCAUCAUCCAAGCCAAUGACCGGUCACCUUAUCCAGGGAGCCGGCGCACAGCAACCACCACUCUGACCCUGGACGUGCUGGAUGGAGACGACCUGGGGCCCAUGUUCCUGCCCUGUGAGCUGGUCAACAACACGCGAGACUGCAGCCCAAUCACCUACCGUGUGUCCUUCCCAGAGCUCCACGACCCGAGUACGCUGAACCCUCUGCAGGUGGUGCCCCCCAUCAAGGCCGUGGACCGAGACCGCAACAUCCAGCCCCCCUCGGACAGGCCAGGGAUACUCUACUACAUCCUGGUCGGGCACCCAGCGGCCUACAGGGAAUACUUCUCUCUGAACAGCACUACAGCAGAGCUGCUCCUGCUCAAGCCUGUCAGCAGAGACCUCUUCCACACCUUUACGCUCGUCAUCAAGGCUGAACAGGACAAUGGGCACCCGCUGCCGGCCUUUGUUGACCUGGUCAUCGAGAUUCUGGACGAGAACAAUAUGGCGCCCUACUUCCUGCAGGCCUCGUACCAGGGCUACAUCAGCGAAGCCUCUCCUGUGGGAACCACCAUCUCCGCCAGUGGCAAUCUCACCACUCCACUUGGCAUCGUUGCCCUCGACAACGACAUCGAAGAGACAAAAGACCCAGAGCUCCUGAUGCAGCUAGGAGACUUCAAGUCCAUCUUCACCAUCACCCCCACGGGGAUCAGACGCUACCUCACCCUUCUCAAACCCGUGGACCGGGAGAAACAGAUGACCUACACCUUCACGCUGAUGGCGUCUGACGGUGUACAGCAGAGCAUGCCUGUGACGGUCAACAUCCUGGUCAUCGACGCCAACGACAACACGCCUACCUUCACUCAGGUGUCCUACGAUGUGGAGGUGUUUACUAAUAUGCAGCAGGGAGAGACUGUACUUCAGCUGAAUGCCCUCGAUGCUGAUGAGGGUCUGAACGGUAUGGUGACGUACUCCAUCUUGGUCGGCGACCAGGGAGACUUUAUCAUCAAUAACCGCACGGGACGCAUCACCAUAGCGCCGGGAGUUACGCUGAUGGUUGGCCGCUUCUACGCGCUGACGGUCGAAGCGGCCGACAAUGCCCCUGAAGCUGAGAGAAGAAGCUCCAUCACGACCGUAUACAUCGAGGUGCUGCCUCCCAACAAUCAGAGUCCCCCCCAUUUCCCCCUCUUCACCUAUAACCUGGAGAUCAGCGAGGCCAUGAGGAUCGGGGCCAUACUGUCCAACCUGCAGGCCACGGAUCGUGAGCUUGACCCCAUCACCUACCGCAUCCAGAGUGGAGAUGACCAAAAGGUGUUUAACCUGACUGAGACAAUAGGACUGCUGCUGCUUGCCAAGCCAUUGGACAGGGAGACGACUGACCAGUAUCGUCUCAUCGUCACGGCGUCCGAUGGCCACCCCGGCUCGACAUCCACUACUACUGUUCUCAUCGUGGUGACAGACGUCAACGACAACGACCCCACUUUUGACCUGACCCUACCCAGGAACCUCACUGUCCAGGAGGAGAGAGCAAACCUCUUUGUGGGGCAAGUUCGGGCCAAAGAUCCGGACGCAGGUAGAAACGGGGAGGUGCAUUAUCGUCUGCUAACGUACGCCUCACUCUUCAACAUCACGGUGAACGGCAGCAUCUUCACAGCGGUGCCAUUGGACCGCGAGCGCUUCGGCCACUAUGAGCUGGUGGUGGAGGCCUCGGACGGGGCGGUCGACCCUCGCCGCAGCACCCUCAUCCUGCAGGUGGACGUGAUUGACAUCAACGACAACAGCCCCAUGUUCUCGGAGCCCACCUACACGGUGAACGUUCCAGAAAACAGUCCCGCAGGGAGCGUCAUCCUCCAGCUCAGCGCAUUUGACGCGGAUCUGGACUCCAAUGUGACGUACCGCAUCAUGUCAGAGGAUGCUCGGCAGCUCUUCGCCGUGGACCGCCUGACGGGGGCACUGUCCAUCCUGCAGUCGCUGGACUUCGAGGACCUAAGCGGGGAGGACGGUGCCACCUACACCUUCCAGGUGGAGGCGCUGGACCAUGGCGGCAUCCUCCCCCCGGGCGUCGCCACGGUGAUCAUUAAGAUCAAGGACAUGAACGACUUCUCACCCGUUUUCAGUAAGGCGCUCUAUAAAGGCCUGGUGGCGCCCAACGCUGAGAAGGGCACCGUCAUAACCAGAGUGUUUGCAGAGGACCAAGACCCCCCGGGCACCCCGGCCAGCUUGGUGCGCUACCGGGUGGACCAGGACGAGUCUCCCUACAGUGGCAGCAUCUUUGAUGUGGAGAAGGACACAGGAACGGUCAUCACCAAGGUCAACCUGAAUGAGGAGCCCGGCAUGACAUUCAAACUGGUGGUGAUGGCGUUUGAUGACGGUGAGCCGGUGAAGAUGAACAGCACGCUGGUGGAGAUCACAGUGCUGCAGCCCUCCCGCAUCCCCAUCUUCACCCAGGAGGACUACAUCUUCCCCCCGGUCAGUGAGCAUGCCCCAGUGGGCACAGCUGUGGGUCUCAUCCUGGCUGCGGCAAUCAACACCACCAUCUUCUACUCCAUCGUAGGGGGCAACGAUAAAGGGAUGUUUGUGGUGAACAACCGCACAGGGAUGAUCUACACUGCCAAGUUGCUGGACUACGAGACGGUCAACAGCUACGUGCUGCGUGUGCAGUCCGACUCGCUGACCAUCGUGCUGGCCAACCUGCGUGUGCCCUCCAAAUCAAAUACAGCGAAGGUGUUCAUCAACGUCCAUGAUGAGAAUGACCACCCCCCUGUGUUCACCAGGAGGCUCUAUAUCGGGGGUGUGACUGAGGACACCAAAACCUUCACCACUGUUCUCAAAGUUGUGGCCACGGACAAGGACACGGGGAACUACAGUAAGAUGGCGUACCGGCUCAUCAUCCCUCCCACGGCGGAUAGCCAGGACGCUUUUGUGAUUGAGCAGUACACCGGCAUCAUCAAGUCGGCCAUCAUGUACCAUAACAUGCGCCGCGCCUACUUCAAGUUUCAAGUCAUCGCCACAGACGACUACGGGAAGGGCCUGAGUGGCAAUGCAGACGUGGUGGUCUCUGUAGUAAAUGCCCUGGACAUGCAAGUGAUGGUAUCCAACGUCCCUCCCUCUGUGAUCGAGGAGAACAAAGACCAGCUGAUCAGUAUUUUAGAGCGGUAUGUGCAGGACCAGAUUCCUGGGGCCAAAGUGAUAGUGGAAUCGAUUGGACCUCGUCUGCACGGCGAUGGCUACGAACUCGAGGAUUAUACCAAAUCUGACUUGAAUAUCUACGCCAUCGAUCCACUCACCAACCGGGCCAUCACCCGCCAAGAGCUCUUCAAGUUCCUGGAUGGUAAGCUGCUGGACAUCAACAAGGAUUUCCAGCCGUACCUGGGCCCGGGGGGUCGCGUUCUGGAGAUCCGCGAGCCGGACAUCGUGGAUAGUGUGAAGAAGGCGGCGCAGGCAGUGGGCUACACGGAAGGCGCGCUGCUGGCCAUCGCCAUCAUUAUUAUCCUCUGCUGCAUCCCUGCCAUCCUCAUCGUCAUGGUUACCUACAGACAAUUCAAAGAGAGACAGGAGGAGUGUGCCAAGACUGCCCGCAUCCAGGCGGCAAUGCCCCCCAAGACCGCUGCAGCUCCCCCUCCGCCAACGGCCACCACCAACCUCUACGAUGGGCUCGGAGACGGCGGCAUGCGGCGUGGAGGGUACGGCAGAGAGCAGCAGCUGUUGCAGCCCUCUCUGCUUAGACCUGAGGCUCUGCCGAUGGACUAUGGCUAUGACCAAGGCUAUGGCAUCCCACGGUACGGUAGCCGCAGAAAGCUCCUUCCUCCAGGGGGCAUGUACGACGAGUACGGAGAGGUCAUCAUGGAGGAUGAUGGUUACGAUGAGCAUGGACAGAGGAAGCGCGUGAAGCUGGUAGUGGGCAGCGAGACUACCAGCUCCACGGGAGAUGACAGCGCUCCCGACGUCCUACGCAUCAACCGAGCCCCCACCACCACGUCCUCCACCACGUCCCCCACCACCAGCAGCAGCAACACCUCCACCCACAACACCCACAACACCCACAGCACGCAUAGCACGCACAACACUCAUGGCAGCCUAAACGGCUCUGUCUACCUCGCCCAGAACGGCUCCAUCAUCCGCACGCGUCGGCCCACCCACCCGCACACCAACAACUUCAAGAUGGGCUCGGGGUCGCCCGCACGUCUGGCCAAGCAGUUCAAAAAGCUGGACAAGCUGGGCGUCACGCACGAGGAGCAGCUCCCACUCAACGGCACCGACCCCGGCGACCCUGGGGUCGUCGUUGUGCCGACGGUGGUCAACUGCACCGGGGUGGGCAUGCCGGUCAUCUCGGACCGCGUCGGCAUCGGCCUCAACAUCGGGCUCUCUAACAACACGCUGGGGUCAGGCCAAGGGUCGCGACGCAACAGUAGUGGCAUUAGUGGCGGCGGCGUCUCGAAGGUCAGCGUGGCCAACAAGAUGCCAGGGACGUCGUCAACGGUGCCGCUGCUGCAGAGGAACGGCAGGGGGCGCUGUGGGCUGGAGCGGGAGUCGUCAGUGGACGGUGGCGGUGGGGAGGACGAGAGGGACCGCUCGAAAACGCCCAGCGAGCACACGCUCUCAGAGGACGAGGAGGUGUGGACGGGGCCGUGGAACAACCAGCACAUACCAAUGACCAAACUCUGAUGAACACACACACACACACACACACAUUCCUUGCACAUUCACCAUUCUCUUCAUAGCUGCAGUGUCGUUCUGACGUUUUCUUCUCUUUGUCCUUUUCAGUUGUACUUUUUUAAUAGCUUGGUUUGAUUUCCUUUUUAUUUCACAGAUCAGAAAAACUAAACAUGUCCUUUUUUGAUAUGCCUCUGUGCUCUGUAUGCAGCUGACACUAUUGAUGAAAAAGCAGUGGCGUUAAUAUUUCACUACAUGUCCAAAUCACUGAAAGUAACUGCACAAGAAAAGAGGAGAAGUUUAUGGUAAUGAUGAACAUAGUUUCUAUGAUGGUAUUCGUGCUGAGUUUAAUGAAUGCCAUAAUGAUUUUUAUAGUGAUAUUAUAAAUUGUGACUACGGAGAUGAUGAUGAUGAUGAUGAUGAUAAGGAUGAUGGUGUUGACAAUGAUUGAGAUUACGAUGAUGAUAUUGAUUAAUGGUAAACAGCACUGUAAUCCAGCAAAUCAAUGCCUACUUAUUAGGCUGUGAAGGAGGUGUAGCAGAGUUAAUCUUUUGUUAUCAUUCAAUAUUGUCUUAUGAUUCUGUGACUGAUUUGAAGGAUAAUUAUAUUCGUUUUUGGCAUCCUCUCAUUGCAACUAAAUCACUAUUGCUUUGACCAGUCAGAGAUUAAUCUUGUAUCUUUAAAAUGAUUGUGACUUAUUUUUUAAAAAAAGAAAUAGAUAUUCAUCAAAAAUGCAGUUUUAUACAACUUAAAAGAUAUACAUUUAUGCUUUUUUAUUACGUCAGUGUUUCAGAUUAAUUAUCUUAUUUUAUUUUAUGCUGUUAUGAAAAAAAUGAAUAAUUUUAACAUUUUAGUACUAGAUUUUUUUUUUCUUUUGUACUGAUGAAAAUAUGAAAAGAGUUUGGAUAUUUCUGUAUUUCAGAGUAUAUAAAAUGUAAUGCAAACAUAUUUGUCAAUAAAAUGGCAUUGUGCUGAUUUUUGUAACCAA